CUACUCCCUAUCAAAUUCCAAUUAAAGAACGCAAAGAAUCAUGAAACUAGGGUUUCGCAGGAGUUGGUGAUGCAUUCUGCCUCAAUCUGUCGUGAUUAUCAGUUCGAAUCAUAGAACAUUCCUACUACAUUGACCUGGUAUUCCAGGCAAAGGUGCGAAAUAUGGGGGCGCAGGUUGAAGAAGACGGAUUGAAGAAGUUAGAGUAUCUCUCCCUUGUUUCGAAGGUGUGCUCGGAGUUGGAGACGCAUAUAGGCGUCGGAGACAAGGUUCUGGCGGAGUUCAUCACGGAAAUGGGCCGGAACUGUGAGACUGUGGAGGAGUUCGAUGAACAAUUGAAGGAGAGUGGCGCUGAGAUGCCCGAUUACUUCGUUCGGACGCUGCUGACUAUAAUCCAUGCAAUUCUUCCUCCGAAACCCAAGUCUGAGUCCGAGAAGGAUUUGAAGAGGACCGAUAAAGGUGAAAAGUUUUCUGCUUUGAAAAUUAAGGAUGAUAGGGAAAGGAUUAAGGAGUUGGAGAGGGAGAUUGAGGUCGAAGCGAAGAAGAAUCGAGGAAAAGAUGAGGAAGAAGAUAGGCGGGACAGAGAUGAUAGGCGGGAUAGGAGAAGAGAGAGGGGUAGAGAUGAUAGAAGAGAUAGGGAUAGAGACAGUAGAAGAGAUAGGGAUAGAGAUGAUAGACGAGAAAGGGAUAGGGGUGAUAGAAGAGAAAGGGGCAAUGAUGCUGAAUAUCGAAGUCAGGACAGGGACAGGGAUAGGGAUAAUAGAUAUGAUAAGAGGAAAAGAAGAGAUUAUGAUGAAGAUAGGGAUGAUGAUAGAAAGAAAGGGAUGUAUAGAUCGGAGGAACCUGAAUUGUAUAGAGUGUAUAAGGGGAGAGUCUCCAGGGUAAUGGACACAGGUUGUUUUGUUCAGCUGGAUGAGUGCAGAGGGAAAGAAGGAUUAGUUCAUAUUUCACAGAUGGCAACUCGGAGGGUUGCAAAUGCAAAAGAUUUGGUGAAGAGGAAUCAGGAGGUAUACGUGAAGGUAAUUUCAGUGAGUGGGCAGAAAUUGAGUUUGUCCAUGAGGGAUGUUGAUCAGAAUACUGGAAAAGAUUUGCUACCACUGAAGAAGAGCUUAGAUGAUGAUGGUUUGAGGGAAAAUCCAUCUGGGCGAAAUAUGGAGGGGAGUAGGACGAGAAUUGGGCUUUCAGGGAUUCGGAUCAUAGAGGAUGAUGUUGUUGUCCCAUCAAGAAGGCCAUUGAAGAGAAUGAGUUCGCCAGAGAGGUGGGAGGCAAAACAACUCAUGGCUUCAGGUGUCUUAACUCUUAAGGAGUGUCCUAUGUUUGAUGAAGAAGGAGAUGGAAUGUUGUAUCAGGAAGAAGGUGCUGAAGAGGAGCUCGAGAUUGAGUUGAAUGAAGAUGAACCGCCUUUCUUGCAAGGCCAGAGUCGGUACUCGGUUGAUAUGUCUCCCGUUAAGAUUUUUAAAAAUCCCGAGGGUUCCUUGAGUCGAGCAGCUGCACUCCAAUCUGCUUUGAUAAAGGAGAGGAGAGAAGUAAGGGAGCAGCAACAAAGAACAAUGCUUGAUUCCAUCCCUAAAGAUCUAAAUAGACCAUGGGAGGAUCCAAUGCCCGAGACAGGUGAGAGGCAUCUGGCCCAAGAGCUGAGGGGUGUUGGUUUGUCAGCCUAUGAUAUGCCAGAGUGGAAGAAAGAUGCUUAUGGUAAAGCACUUACUUUUGGACAGAGGUCAAAGCUUUCCAUUCAGGACCAAAGGCAGAGUCUACCCAUUUACAAGCUGAAGAAGGAAUUGGUUCAAGCUGUACAUGAUAACCAGGUCUUGGUUGUCAUCGGAGAGACAGGUUCAGGCAAGACAACACAGGUGACACAGUAUCUAGCUGAGGCAGGAUAUACUACAAGAGGUAAAAUUGGAUGUACUCAACCACGUAGAGUGGCCGCAAUGUCUGUGGCAAAGAGGGUUGCCGAGGAGUUUGGUUGCCGGUUAGGGGAAGAAGUUGGUUACGCCAUUCGUUUCGAGGAUUGUACUGGGCCAGAGACUGUGAUAAAGUAUAUGACAGAUGGUAUGCUGUUGAGGGAGAUACUGGUGGACGAGAGUUUGUCUCAGUAUUCCGUUGUAAUGCUUGAUGAAGCUCAUGAGAGAACCAUUCAUACCGAUGUUCUCUUUGGUCUCUUGAAGCAAUUAGUUAAGAGAAGACCAGACCUUCGGUUGAUCGUCACAUCUGCAACUUUAGAUGCAGAGAAGUUUUCUGGAUACUUUUUCAACUGUAACAUCUUUACUAUCCCAGGGAGAACCUUUCCAGUGGAGAUACUUUACACCAAGCAGCCAGAGGGUGACUAUCUUGAUGCAGCUUUGAUAACAGUUAUGCAGAUUCACUUAACAGAACCUGAAGGUGAUAUUCUUCUUUUCUUAACUGGUCAGGAAGAGAUUGAUUAUGCUUGCCAGUGUCUUUAUGAGAGGAUGAAAGGUCUGGGUAAGAAUGUUCCUGAAUUGAUAAUCUUACCUGUUUAUAGUGCCCUGCCUAGUGAAAUGCAGUCUAGAAUCUUUGAGCCUGCCCCUCCAGGGAAGAGAAAAGUAGUUGUUGCUACAAAUAUUGCCGAAGCUUCUUUAACAAUAGAUGGCAUUUUUUAUGUUAUAGAUCCAGGUUUUGCUAAGCAAAAUGUAUAUAAUCCAAAACAGGGGCUUGAUUCAUUGGUCAUAACGCCUAUAUCACAAGCCUCAGCGAAGCAAAGAGCUGGGCGUGCUGGACGAACGGGGCCAGGAAAGUGUUAUCGUCUUUAUACAGAGAGUGCAUUUCACAAUGAAAUGUCUCCUACAUCAAUCCCUGAAAUUCAGCGUAUUAACCUUGGGAUGACCGUGCUUAAUAUGAAAGCUAUGGGUAUUAAUGAUCUUUUGUCCUUUGAUUUCAUGGAUCCUCCCUCUCCUCAAGCACUAAUAUCCGCCAUGGAGCAGCUGUUCACUCUAGGAGCUCUUGAUGAAGAGGGGCUGUUGACAAAGUUGGGUAGGAAAAUGGCUGAAUUUCCUCUGGAACCUCCAUUGUCCAAAAUGCUCCUCGCCAGUGUAGACCUUGGAUGCAGUGAUGAGAUUUUGACCAUCAUUGCAAUGAUUCAGACGGGUAAUAUUUUUUACCGACCUCGAGAGAAACAAGCACAAGCUGAUCAGAAAAAGGCAAAGUUCUUUCAACCAGAGGGUGAUCAUCUCACCCUGCUUGCAGUUUAUGAAGCCUGGAAAGCCAAAAAUUUUUCUGGACCCUGGUGCUUUGAAAACUUUGUACAAUCGCGGUCUUUGAGACGUGCUCAGGAUGUCAGAAAACAGCUCCUUUCCAUCAUGGACAAGUACAAACUGGAUGUUGUGAGUGCUGGAAGAAAUUUUACGAAGAUAAGGAAGGCCAUAGCUGCAGGUUUCUUUUUCCAUGGUGCUAGGAAGGAUCCACAAGAAGGGUAUAGAACCCUGGUUGAGAACCAGCCAGUAUAUAUACAUCCUAGUAGUGCUGUAUUCCAAAGGCAGCCAGAUUGGGUUAUUUAUCAUGAGCUUGUGAUGACAACAAAGGAAUAUAUGCGUGAGGUCACAGUCAUUGAUCCCAAGUGGCUUGUAGAGCUGGCACCGCGAUUUUUCAAAGUGGCCGACCCAACUAAAUUAAGCAAACGGAAGAGACAGGAACGCAUUGAACCUCUUUAUGACAGAUAUCACGAGCCUAAUUCUUGGCGGUUGAGUAAAAGGCGUGCUUGAUAUGUGCUUCAACAAUGCACUUACUAUUUCGGAGGAUUUUGUCAUACUACUUUGCCAAUUUCUAAUGCACUUAUUAUUUCGGAGGAUUUUGUCAUACUACUUUGUCAAUUUCUGUAACUAUAGUACACUGACUUUUCCUACGGAGUAUUUCCUAUUAAAGCUUUUAUUCAAAAA